AUGUUUGCUUCUUACUGCUCUCCUCCUUCUCGCACUUAUCGCAAAGCCAAGCGUGUCCCCAACCAGUCUAGCAAAAAGACGGUGUUGCCAAACCUUGCCUCUGCCAGGGGUUACGACGUGAUAGAGGCUGCCAAGCACGAGCUAGAGAAAGCUUGUCCCGGUAUUGUAUCUUGUGCUGAUGUAUUGUCGGUAGCUGCACGUGAUGUCACUGCUGCUGCUGUGGGAGGUCGUCUUGGACACUUCGCUAGCAAAGGCCUUAAUAGAAGGGACAUGGUUGCCUUGUCUAGUGCACACACCCUCGGCCAAGCUCAAUGCUUCUUAUUCCGCGAUAGAAUUUACGGCAACCGUACUGACACUGAUGCCGGUUUUGCUACCACUAGAAGACGCCGAUGUCCUAAAGACAUCGGAAAUGGAAAUUUGGCACCACUUGAUUUAGUGACCCCAAACUCCUUUGAUAACAACUAUUACAAGAACCUGUUGCAAAAGAAGGGUCUACUUCAAUCGGAUCAAGUUCUAUUUAGCGGUGGAGUAACUGACAAUAUUGUUUCAGAGUACGCCAAGAACCCUCAGGCAUUCCAAGCAGAUUUUGCAUCAGCCAUGAUUAAAAUGUCUGAAAUUCAGCCACUCACAGGUCAAAAUGGUAUCAUUAGGAAGGUCUGCGGUGCUUUGAACUAG